AGCCAGCCCCCACCAUGGCGUCCAUGGGGCUCCAGCUGCUGGGCUUCACCGUGGCCUUCCUGGGCUACAUCGGCACGCUGACAGCCACGCUGCUGCCCAGCUGGAAGACCAGCUCCUACAUCGGCUCCAGCAUCGUGACAGCCAUCAGCUUCACCAAGGGGCUGUGGAUGGAGUGCGCCACGUACAGCACGGGCAUCACCCAGUGCGACAUCUACAGCUCCCUGCUCAACCUGCCCGCCGACAUCCAGGCGGCCCAAGCCCUCAUGGUGAGCUCCUGCGCCGUGUCCUCGCUCGCCUGCCUGAUCUCCGUGGUGGGCAUGAGGUGCACCGUCUUCAGCCAGGGCUCGCCGGGCAAGGACCGUGUGGCGGUGGCGGGCGGCGCGGCCUUCGUGCUCGGGGGGCUGCUCUGCUUCAUCCCGCUGGUGUGGAACAUCCACGUGGUGCUGCGGGAUUUCCGCAACCCCGUCAUCCCCGACAGCAUGAAGUUCGAGCUCGGGGAGGCUCUUUACCUCGGCAUCAUCUCCUCCCUCCUCUCUCUCAUCGGGGGUUUCAUCCUCUGCACGUCCUGCCCCGGCCGGGACACGACGACCGCCUACUCCAGCUCCUACCAGCCCCAGCUGCUGCCGAGCAAGAGCUCCCGGCCCUCUGUCAGCCAGGUGCAGAAGACCAAGAGUGAAGUCAAUUCCUACAACCUGACAGGAUACGUGUAGUGGCUGCAGGUGGGAGCCAGGCUGGCACCUCUCCCGGCCCCCAGAGCGUCCGGGCUGGCACCAAGGGAACGCGGUAAGAGCAGAGGACACGGCGGCAUCGCCCGUGCUCAACCCUCUGUGUGCUCAGGGGGGUUGAUCCCGCUGUCUCCCUGGGAUUCUGAGAGCCUUGUGACUGCUUGGAGAUCCCAGCUGGUGGCUUGCAUUGAUGAAGGACCCUGAAUCCAGCUUCUGUUCUUUACUGCAUGCUGCCAGCUCACAGGCACCCCCGGCACAGCGGGACCCAGGCCUGCAGCCCCAAUGAACCUACCGGGGAAGGGGAGUGGGCUUGUGGCCCCAGGGACCGGCCUGCUGGCCAUGGAGGCACCACAGCAGGGUCAAGGGCAUGUGUGUGGGUCUGGAGUCGCUGCUGGGGGGUUGAGUGCUGGCUGCAAACCGAUG